UUAUAAUUUUAUAGCCAAAUUUGCUGUUGGUGUUUCAGAUCGACCAGUUAGGCGAGUUACUUCCAAGUUAGUUCGCCGAUCAACAAGUGAAUUACAAAGAAUGCUUCGAAAAGGUGAUCACUGGAGUGCCAACGAUUUGUUCCGAUUUCAAUGCAGCAAUCAGGACGCUUAUGUUACUGGAGAAUACAAAGCUAUAUGUGAGGAAUGGUUGCGUCGCUUGAAUUCUAUUCCCAAGAAAUAUUGCUAUCUUUCUUGGUAUGCAGCUGCAAUUUAUUCUUGCUACUACCGAUUAGCGCCGCUGGUAACAAAUGCAAUUCAAAAACGAGAACUAUGGAAUGAAGCGAAGAGAGAAUAUGCGGAGAUUUAUUUAAUGGGAAGAAGAAUCUGGCGAAGGCCAACUCAUCCAAGUCGGCUUCGCGUUAUUUAUGAUCUUGGAAUGUUAUGUGUAAAAUUCAACGAUAUACAGGUUUAUUCUGCUUUGUUUACAUAUCUAGAUUUGUUUAAAAAACAUUCGAGGCAGUACUAUAGGAUUAAUUUAAAAAAGUAG